AUGACAGAUGAAGAGUUUGAAAAUGUUGCAAGAACACCAAUUUUAAAGUCAGGUCGUGAUACAAGAAGCCAAAAGAAAUCAGACAUGACAGAUGAAGAACUUAAUAAGUUUAUUAAUACGCCAAUUUCAAAGUCUGGACACGAUACUAGGAACCAAAAGAAAUCAAAUAUAACAGAUGAAGAAUUUGAUGAGUUUAUAAGAACACCGAUUUUAAAGUCUGGACACGAUACUAGGAACCAAAAGAAAUCAAAUAUAACAGAUGAAGAAUUUGACGAAUUUAUAAAUACACCACUAUCGAAGAACCAAAAGAAAUCAAAUAUAACAGACGAAGAAUUUGAUGAGUUUAUAAGAACACCAAUUUCAAAGUCUGGCCGUGAUACAAGAAGCCAAAGAAAAACAGACAUGACAGAUACACCAAUUUCAAAGUCUGGACACAAUACUAGGAACCAAAAGAAAUCAAAUAUAACAGACGAAGAAUUUGAUGAGUUUAUAAGAACACCGAUUUCAAAGUUUGACCAAGAAGAGUCUGAUAAAACUGACAAUGAUGACGACGACGUCGGUCACAAUAAUAAUGUUAAUAAGAAUGAUUAUUACGGGGAAGACGCCCUUCGGUCUUCAGAACGUAAUAUUAAUAAGCAAAAAGAGAUUUCUGUAGACAGUGGUUAUGAUCCUUAUCAUAAUGAAACUUCUUAUCAUUCAGGAAAAACAAAUAUUCAAAAAUUUUCUACUCAAAACAGUUUUCACAGCGUAAACACGUUCGAUCCUCUUAGAGACCAUAGCAGCAGUAAUAAUCAAGGAAAAAGUCAUUAUUCAGAUCUUGAAUCGCAGCCCUCUAGUGGAAACAUGAUCACUAAUAUGUUCAGUAAAUUAAUUUCAAAUAAUAAGGAUGACGAAAUCAAAGUUACUUUCCAUGUUCAUUUGCCGGAGAAUAUUGAACAACUUGGAAAACCUGUAGUCCUUGGUGAUGUAAAAGAAUUAGGACUUUGGGAAAAACCCAUGUUAAAGCUUCGUCAACCAUUUCCUCGAAAUCCAACAUAUUGGCAAUCUGAUCCGGUUACUAUUUCGCUGUCAGUUUUUGCUGAAAGAGCUGAAAUUCAAUAUAAAUAUGCUAUUCAUGUCAAAUCUAUGAUAUAUAGGGAAGAAAAAAUUAUAUUUGAAGGAACUGGUCCUCAUGAUAAUCGCACGUUGGAUGUUAAAAGAAAUAAUCAAUUUGGUAUAUGGAAAACCAGUUAUCGGAUUCCUGAAAGAUUCCGCAUAGUUACUAUCCGUGACUUUGCUUUUGUAGAUUAUAUCUUUAAUUCUAUCAAAACCAACAACCUUAAAGAUAAAGUUAUGGAAUAUCAACACUUAUUAACUCUCUAUAAUGAUUUAACGAUCCACGCAUCAAAUCUUAACUUCAUUUACAAACGUGUUGAUGAUAAAAGAGAAAAGCGACUCUUCUUAUGUCUUAUCUUAGGAUAUUAUUUUUCAAGGAGGCAGGGGUCUUUCCAUGAACCCUUAAGAGAUGACUUUCAAUCUGGAUUACUUCUUAAUGCACUUGAUGACUAUAAGCAAGAAACUUUACCUUCAGACACCAAAGAUCAAAUGUAUACUGCUAUUACAACUUUAGUUCAGCAUAAUGCUUUCCAAAUGCGAUUUGAUUGGCUCAUUAUUUUUACAAUUGCGGCUGAAAUUGAUCCUAACUAUACAUUCGUUGAUCGUUUAAGAACCUUACAGUAUUCUAAUGAUUAUUUAUUGACAAAAUUCACUAAAGGAUUUGAAUACGUUAAAGCUUCCGUUGAAGAAGUUGAAUUUGAAAUUUACGUUAAAAUUGCUAAGUGGUUAAUUCAAAUAUGUAAUACCAUGGAUUCUCUUAUUAAAAUUUGGAAGGAUAUUCUUUUACAUAAUAACAAAAUUGAUAAAUGUAUCUCUAAAUGUUUUAUUGAACGAGUUCGAGAGAGCAUUUCUCACGAUGAUGCUGUUGCCUUAGAAAACCAUUAUAGAAGACUUCCAAAAGAUUAUCGAUUUGAUGUGUGUGAAGUUUUCCAGUCUCAUGUUUUAGUUUUGCUUGAAAGUCCGAAGAGAAAAUGGACAAAGGAAAAUAUCACUGCUAUUAAAUUACUUCUUCACGAUGAUAGUUUAAAUUGGCGUAGGGAAGAAGUUAUUCAAUCCUUAGAAUUAAUAUCUGAGUCUAAUACUUUCGAAUUAUUAAAUAUAUUUCCGGAACUUUUAGAUGAUUGGUUCCGUAGUGAUUUUACUGAUACUAAAGAGAAAAAGAUACCAAAAAUAUGUAUUACUUGGUUUAAAAAUCUUUUAGCCAAACUUGAUACGAACACAAGCACUAGCACUAGCUCAAGAAAGUCUUCAAGUGAAAACAACUUUGUUUUUUCAGUAUUUACACAAUUAGAACGCAUAUAUCCUUUGCUUGGUAACAGAAAAAAUAUUUGGCAGAAUUUAACAACUAUUGCAAUAGAAAGGGUAAGACCGCGAUCAGAUCAAAUACUUAGCGCAACGAAAUUUUUAAUUCACAUAAAAGAACAAGAUGUUAGAAUGUUAUUUUUAGAUACGAUUAAAGAAAUAUUAAAUAAGGCUGUUCAACAAAUUAAUGAUCAGUUAAUAGCUAAGAUAUUUACGAUAUGCAAUUGUACCCAAGGGAGGACUUUGGAGAUUCCAGACUCGAUGAGCGAGGACAUUUUGUGUCAUAUCAUAGCUAGAUUGCAAAGCCAAUCGACCGUAUCUAAUUCUUCAGAAAAUCAUUUAAAUAUUUUAGGAGCUAGUAAAUUUUGGAACAUUAUAUUACGCGCUACUGGGAAUGUUGAGAAGCUUCAUUCAAAUGCAUUUGUACAACGCGUUAAAAUGUCUAUCAAUGAACUUGGUGGAUUACUCCGUGAAAAGACAAUUGAUAUACAAUUACUUCAACAACUUUUAAAAUAUUCUGAUGAUCAGUUAUUUAAACAUUUUGAUUCAGCUGUAUCCAAAAAGAAAGCUUUAGGUGAUGUAAUUGUCUCUCGAGAUGAAAUUACAAAACUUAGAGAAUUAUGUAACAAUUAUCAACUUAAACUCAAUACGCUUUUUAAGUUUUAUUCCGGAUUUUGUUCUGCUGCUCAGGUUACAGACGUAGAUGAUUACAUUCAAGAUAUAAAACAACAUAUGCAGAAUUCAAAUAAAGUGAAGCUAAAACAAGUUUUAUUAUCAGGUUAUUGGGCAUUCCACGAAAAAACUUUGCCCAGCGCAGAACGUUGUUACAAGUUCAAUCAAUCUCGAUCUUUUCGAAAUAUUUUUGAAGAUUGUAUUCAGGAAGAUGUUGCUGCAACAACAGUAGAAUACGUAGCACAAAAAUUAGUACCAGCUGUUUUCGAAAGGUAUAAUAUUAUUUGUAAACAACUUAGAGAUUGGGAAAAACUUAAAUGUUCGGAUGCGUCUUUGUUUUGGAAAGAUGUCACGAAUGUUAAUGCAGAGCUCGAUUUAAUGGAAGGCUAUAAAGGUCAUAAAAACCAAAAACUUGUACAAACUCUUGAUCAUCUUUCAAAAAUCCCUUUCUGGGUUGAACGACUUAUGAAGUUAGAAAAUGUUGUCGAAAUUUUCGAAGUACCGCAUAUUGAAGAUGAUUGGCUAACAAAAUCAAUUCGUAUUUUAAAAGAUGAUUCCAUGAAACUUAGUCAAUUAAAUAAUUUUUUCGAUUACCUUGAUAGAAAUCUUUCCAAUGUUAAUCAAGAUUGUUGGAAAUUGUUAAAGGAGUUAUCAGAUGCUGAAGACUUUAUAAACUUUUUAAAAGAAAUUGCCGAGCAUGAUAUUAAAAAUUUGAUUAAUGGUGUUGAUGAUCAUUCAGAUGAAAGAUUGAUUCAAGAGGAUACGGUUUCAUCACUUAUUCAAGUCAAGCAAUUUUUAUUACCUCUCAUGAAUAAAAAUAAAAUGGAAGAUAUUGCUAGUUUUUUGGUUGCACUAUCAAAUGUUAUUAAGAAAAAUUCUACUUUAGGGGAAAAGAUCGCGUUGUGUAGUAGUAGCAAUAUGGCAUUACGAAACAUGUACAAGAACAUUUCAAAUCGUGGUGAAGUUACUAAAGAAAAAAUUAAGAAUGCCGUACUUGAUGGAAUUUAUACUUUUGCUCGUGACGAAAAAGAAGACAAGUGUUAUGUUUCAUUAAAAUACAUUUCUAAAACUUCUAAAACUAAUAUGAUGUAUAAUAUGAAUGAGAUAUUAGAUUUACGCGGGCGAGCUCUUUUGAUUGCAAAACCUAAGUUAAGCGAAAGUGAUGUCAGAGAAGCGGAAAUGUCAAAAAUUGUUAUGGAUGAAUUUGUUGUUCAAGUUGAUAUGGCACAAGAAAUAAUUGAUAUAGUGUCUAUGUUAAUGCAAAUGGGGCAUUUUAACUAUAGAAAGUUUGAAAAAGAAUUACAAGGAACAAAUAAAAUGAAAGAUUAUUUAAAAUCCUUGAAGGACGAACUUGAAAAAUGGCAAAAUAUAGUGGAUCUUGCACAAGAACGGUGUUAUUAUCUAACAUUUUUCCCGGCCCGUCAUAUUUUAGCAUUCUUUGAUUAUUUCACAUCGGAAGAAUUAGAUGAGAAGAAUAAGGAAGAAUGCAAAACAUUGAUUAGAUUUGUAAAUAGCAAAGCUCAAUUGCCAUCUCAUAAGGAUAUUCAAGGAAUUUCACGUGAAUCCAAAGACUAUUUUAGAAUUCUUUGCGAAAUUGGCAAUGAAUUAGAAAAAAUUUUUAUAAAUAUUCCAAAACAAUCACGUAAACUUAAAUCGACUGGACAACGCAUAAUUUCAGAUUUAGUUAGAAAGGGUAAAUUAUUCGUCGCUUCUUGUACUGACAAAACACGAGUUCCAAACAUUAUCAUGUCAUUAUAUGCUAAUCACGGUUAUUAUCCCGAACCGUGGCAACUCUUGAUAUGUACUUCUUCAACUACGAUGGAGGAACUAACAAUCUUCAUAAAAAGAAGUUUAUUCGCAUCGAAUAAUGGAUAUGAAAAUCACUUAUUUUGUAUUGCAAAUUUAGAAUUAUUAGAUUUUGAACUACAAUAUAAUCUAGUUAACCAAAUUAGAUCAACACGAGAUCAAAAGGAUUAUUUUUUGGCGCUUAUUUGUUGCAGAGAAACUGGAAUGCAUCACCAUAUUUUGGAUCAAUUCUCUUCAGAUGUUCAUGCAACUAAUGGCUUAAACACUGAAGCUAUGAGGGGAAUUUAUAAGGAAUUAUGUAAGAAUGUUGUACGUGUUUCUUCUGACUUAUCAGGGCAAGGGAAAACUGAAUGGAUUAAAGAGAAUAGUUUCAGUAAAGGGAAAUUUAUACGCAGCUUUUUAAUAAGCGAUGGUAUGGAGUUUGGCAGGCUUGUACGUCAAUUCAAGGAAUAUAAACCCCGACCUGUAGAAAGUUUACAUAUCAAUAUAAUAUCAGCAGACUAUCCAGAAGACGUUAACAUGUUCUUAUUUGAGUUAUUAACUUUGGGUAUAGUUUCGACUAAUGUCGAUAUAGUUUGCCUGCCUUUAUCAGAAAAACCUACUUAUAUUUAUAUUGAAGUAGCCUCAACUACAGAACAACAUUUACUUAAUUCUCUUCCUAUGACAGGAUAUUUAUUGUUCAAUCAUUUAACUUGGAACAUUAAGAAUUUGAGAGUUUCUCAAGAAAUUCAUAGUCCAGUUCAAGUUACCUGUAAUUAUCUGAAUCUAUUGAAUAAUAAUGAAGUAGAUACAAGAGAAAUCCUUUUCAAGACAAAUAAAGCGAUUAAAGAACCUUUACCAGCAGACCGCUGUCAAAAUCUCAUCGAGAAAUAUUUCUUUAAUAAAGAUGCCAAAGAUAUUUCUUCAUUUAGAUUUGUUGAAAUAUUUGUUAAUGUCCUUGCAGAUCAAUUAGUUCGAUUAUCAUCAAGUCAAUUCUUUACUGUAGACAAUCUGAAGUUAAUGGUAAAAGAAAAUAAAAUUAGAAAUUUAAUAGUAAGAACCUUUAUAGAUGUUUCGAAAGAUUUUGCAACUAGAUCUAUUAAAACUAAAGCGGCACAAUUAGAAUCUAUAACUGCUGAAGACGAAAAUGCUCGUCUUGGUACAAUCGUUCAAUGGGAUGACUCAAAUCAUCUUAUAGUAUUUUUCAAUUCUCAAACUCCUGAUACAAUAUCAUCUUUAUAUCGGGACAGAACAAAAGUUCAUGAUAAUGUUAAGAUUUUAUUAAAAAGUCAAAUAAUUGGAGAUCAAACAAAAUGGGAAUUAGAUGAUUAUAAUUCGAUGUCUGCAGAAGCUCUUUUUGUAAAAUUAGAAUGCUUGGCGCGAAGGUCAAUAGGAAAACUAAAUCUUCCCGAGUAUGCCUUAUCUAGUGAUAAUUUAAUAAAGAUGGCCUUAAUUCUUUUAAGGGCGCGUGCAAACAUUCCAGUCAUAGUAUGUGGUGAAGCAGGAUGUGGAAAGACGAGUUUAAUUGCCUAUUUGGCCUUGAUAGUUGAAGUUCAAUUUCAGGCUCUUAACCUUCAUGCGGGAAUUGACGAAAAGACUAUUAUGAUGUUUAUGAACGAUGCUUUGAAAAAAGCAGAAAAAGGCGAGAUUUGGUUAUUCUUUGAUGAAAUCAAUACUUGCAACCAUAUAGGUUUACUUGCUGAUUUAAUAUCCCAUCGCAUGCUCAAUGGCAAACUUAUACAUCCAAAUAUUCAUUUAUUCUCUGCCUGUAACCCAUACCGUAUUCGUACAAGAACUCAAAGUGAAGCUGGUUUGACAAAUAAGGUCAAAAAGUAUGAAGAACAAAGUAGCCUUGUUUAUCAAGUCAAACCACUUCCUGAUCAAAUCUUGGAUUAUGUGUGGGAUUAUGGUGUUUUAAAACCAGAUGAUGAAUAUAAAUAUAUUCAAAUUAUGGUUGAAAAAGAAUUAAAAAAAUUAGCACAUCCUGUAUUUGCAGAACUCUUAUACUCUUCUCAAAGAUUCAUUCGUAAAGUUGAGGAACCAUAUAGUGUGAGCUUACGUGACGUCAAACGCGCUAUAACGUUAGUGAAAUUCUUUUAUAAUUCUCUCGAAAAUCGUCCAAUCUAUAGAAAGGGACAUAAAUAUCCACCAUCUGGAAAUCCAACCACAAUAACUAGAUCUUAUGUUUUAGCACUUAGUCUUUGUUACCAUUCUCGGUUAUAUGAACAAGAUUUACGUAAAAAAUAUCGUCGUGAAAUGGGGCAAAUAUUACAAAAUCACAAGGCUUAUAUAGGGGAACAUAUGUUUGCCAAAAUUAUUCGCGAAGAACAAGAAGAUUAUAUUAAUAGGAUGCAAUGUCCACCUAAUACAGCGCAUAAUGAAGCUUUAUUAGAAAAUGUUUUAGUUAUGAUUGUAUGCAUUUUGACACGAAUCCCACUGUUUCUUAUAGGGGCACCUGGCUCUUCAAAAUCUUUAGCAAUUCGUCUUAUAAGCUCAAAUUUACGUGGAUCUGAUUCAAAUGACAAAUACUUUAGAAAUUUACCACAGAUUUACUUAAUUCCACAUCAAGGCUCUUCAUCUUCAACUUCUGAUGGUAUUAUAAAAGUUUUUGAUAAGGCAAAUAAAUAUCAAGAAACAACUUCCAAGCAAUUUCCUGUUAUUAGCGUUGUUUUACUUGAUGAAGUCGGUCUGGCUGAGACAAGUCCUUUCAAUCCACUAAAAGUACUUCAUUCUUUGCUUGAGCCAAGUUAUCCAGCCACAGGGCCUACUGUUUCGGUGAUAGGAAUAUCUAAUUGGCGCUUAGAUAAUAGUAAAAGUAGCCGUGCAUUACUUGUUCAGAGACCACAAUUUGAUUUGGAUGAUUUAGUUGAUACUGCUGAACGUUUAUUAAAUACAGAAUUUAUUGGACCCGGACAAAGAGGCGCUUUAGAACCUUUAGCUAAAGCAUAUUCAGAUUAUGAAAAAGAAGGUCAAGCUUUACCUAACUUUCAUGGACUUCGUGAUUAUUACGCGUUGGUCAAACAGCUUUCAUUAAAUGAAAUGACUCCGGAGAAUAUUCAAAUGGCGUUAGCCCGUAAUUUUGGAGGAACAGGAAAUAAUGCCAAAUUAUGUGAAAAUUAUUUUAGAGAUGUUCUUAAAAUGUUUAACGACCAUAAACCGUGGUUCUAUAAACCAAUUCCAAUCGAACAAUUGAUCAAUUCAAAUUUAGAUGAUUCGGAUGCGCGUCAUUUGAUGGUUAUUGGUAAAAGUGAUUCGAUUGUAAAUUUAUUGACUUAUCAAUUAAGAAGGAAAAAGUUGGAUCCCGUUGUGAUUUUAGGAUCACAAUUCCCUGAUGACCGAGAGGAUUAUUCCUACAGUGUUUUGAGAAGGAUCAUGAUGUGUGUUGAAGAAGGCAGACCAUUGAUUCUAACAGAUUUGGAAAUAAUUUAUGGGAGUCUUUACGAUUUAUGGAAUCAGAAUUAUAUUGUAGUGGGAAGCAAAGAAAAUGUCAAAUAUUUUACACGAGUUGCACUUGGAGCGUAUGCCAACCCUAUGCUUUACGUUUCACCACAAUUUAAAUGUAUCCUUGUUAUGGAUGAAAAGAAUUUGGCUUCCGCUGAUCCCCCACUUCUUAAUAGAUUUGAAAAACAAAAAAUGUCAAUCAAUGACACGCUCAAUGAAAGGCAAAAAUCACUUGUCGAAAAUUUAAGCGAUUGGGCAAAAAGAAUGUCAACUUUGACUGGAGUUAACCCAGUAACACAAUUAAAUAAUAGAUUUACUCAAAAAGAUUUAUUUAUCGGAUUUGAUAAAGAUGAAACCUUACAAAGUUUAGUUAUCGAUGUUACCAAGAAUAAUUCUGACGCUAGUGAUGAAGAUAUUUUAAAUGAAUGCAAAGAAUGUUUAAUCGCAACAGCAUCUUCUGAUGGAAUGGUGAGAGCUGAAAGAUCGAAUUUAGAACGAGAUGAAGUUGAUCGAUGGAAGCAUGUUUAUUUUAAUCAACAACAUCAUGAUAGUCUUUACGAUUAUUUUGAUUACUUUAUUAAUCAAGAAAAAUCAUUGGCAGAUCCCAAUGGACAUUUAGUGAUUGUCAACACAUUCUCCAAUAUUAAUACGGAUGUUAAGUCUUGUUUACAAGAAUUUUUAAGUUGUCAAGUAGAUAAAUUGUCGACUUUCAAGACCGAAGCACAACUUUCAAAUCGGGUAAAACAUUUCUGGUUAGAAUCAACUGACAAAAUGUUAAUUCUCCAAUGUGAUGUAACUACUGUUAAUGCUGGAUGUAUUAAAUUAGCUAAAUUCAUUAUUGAACAAUUCCGAAACGAAUUCAUAACAAAGAAAGAUAAAAUGGAGCAGAAGCAUGCGUGUAUCAUUCUUCAUAUUCAUCGAGAUCAGGAAUCCACUUUAGCGUCUUUCAAUUUUAUGUGUGGUUGGAAGCAAGUGACUAUUGAAACAUUAUCAAGAAACGAAAUUCCUACAUCAAGUCUCUUGGAUGGAUCACUAUCUUAUAUAAUCAAUUCUGCUUAUCCGUUCGAGAAAAUUUUACAACAAGAACUAUUAUGGUGUUUAUUAUGUAUGAAAUAUCCGUCUAAUGAUAAGUCAAUCAAGCAUAUAAAGUUAUUAAGCGAAAAAAUAUUGGAGUAUCCAAGCUUUAUUAAAUGUUUGAAAGAAAGAACACUUGAAUGGAUCGAAGAAAAAUCUACAAAUGAUUGGCAAUAUAAAGUAGCGUCAAAUAAACAAAGUUUAUAUCCAUACUCCUCAUUCUCUGCAGCACUACAAGCUCAUAUUAGAAUACUGGUCAGAAAACCGAUAGCACAAAUUUUUUGUUCUUUAGAAAGAUUAUCAGCGACAAAAACAUUUUUCUUUAUCGAUGAUCAAAUAAUGUCGAAGGAAAAUUAUGAGGAAUUACUCAAGUUUUGGCAACAAAUUUAUAUGGAUAAGAAGAUCGUCAAAAUUGAUGAUUUACCAAAUCCAAAACCUGAUGGAUAUAAUAUGGCAGCAGGAAGUUUAUUUGAUCUUAAAUUUCCUUUUUCAUUUUAUUUUAUGAAACAAAUUGAUGGUUUUAAAAGGUAUUAUGAAGAGGAAGUAGCAAUGUUACAAAAAGAUGAUGAUAGAGUUGAUGAUUACGUAAUUGAGAACCAUUUGAAAGAUUUCAAAGAUAAUAUUCUUGCAUCAAUUCCUCAAUUAAAAGAUUCUCUUCUUGAAAGGUUUUCUGAGUUAUAUUUCAAUGACUUCGUAACUGUUAUUGCAGCAGAUGAUAGUGGAAAUAAGAAUACAAAAUUGUUAGCAAUAAUUCUCAAGUUACUUAUUGGUACUGAUAAAGUGAAUCAACCAAUUUUCCUUCAUACUUAUUGGUGGAAGAAUGCUAACGAAGUUUUAGCUCAAUUACAAUUGGCUCAAAUGUCUCCAGUAAUAAUUAAAAACAUCGAAAUCCAAGGCAAUGCUAUAAUUAAAGGAAGUGUAGAAAAAUAUCUCGUUAAAGAAGUGGCAAAGAUAAUGCUCCGACGAAUUUGUGGAAGUUUUGAAGGCGCAGCAAAUGCUCAUUUAAUCGAUAAAUGGCAGCAUGACGUCACAAAAGUAUUAUCUCUUGGCAGUAAGAUAGCGCGAGCAAGGAACUUGCCUGAUCUACAAUUGUUACGUAUCGUAAACGAUUUAGUUGCAACAAAAACGAUUCCUUUAGAUAGUGUUAGAGAGAUUGUUCAACUUGGAUUAAGUUCAGACGAACAAGAAAUUCUCUCAGAGGAAUUUGUCGGAACUGUCCUUGAUAAACUAGAUAAAUUAGAUCAUAAUGAAAAGAAUUUAAUUCCAAGAAGAUCAUUUAUCAUGAGAUGUCUUGCAUUGAUUCCAAUUGAAUCAAAUGUCCGAUUAAGUCUUUAUAAAAAAUUAUUCUCAAAUGAACCUUUUCCAUUGAUGGGCGCAAUAAUUGAAAGAAUCUUCCUUAAGGAAGAUUCAGAAAAUGAAGAUACAUUCUUUACAAUAAUUACGGAUUCUGAAGAAGUUUUAAGACAAUCAGCUCGGCUAAAUAUUAUUAAUGAUUGUUUAAAAGAUCUGGAUACAAACAUGGCUACUUUAUGUUGUGAUGUCAUUGAACAAACAUUUUAUAUAAAUGAAGAAUUGGAAAACUUAUCAGCUUUUUUUGUACCGGCCCUUGAAGCUUUAUAUAGACAAGGAAGACCACCAUUACAAAAAAUAGCUUCUAUUGCCUUACUUAAAGAAUUUGUUCGUCGAUUUUGGGACAAUUUUCUUCAGGAAGAUAAAAACAGUCCUAUUGCAUAUAAAAGAAUGGAGGAAGAAAAUUUUGAUAGUGAUGAACUAAUCGAUCAAAUUAACAACAGCAUGAAUUUGGCUCAUCCUAUGAUUAUUUCUCUCAAAUUUUACUUUUUAAGAGAUUUAUGUCAAAGAGACUUUUCGAUUGAUGAUAUUAGACGAUUUUGCGAAGCUCAGAGAAGAAUUUUACCUUGGCUUGGAACUUUAAAUUGGGAGGAUACUAGAGAAAACCGGUUAUCUUUCAAUCCCUAUUGUAAUUUACCCGAAUAUAAUGAAGUAGAAAACAGCUUUAUGACUUUCUAUAGUAUAGGAAAUAGGGGGCCUUUCCAAACAUUCAUACAAAACAUAAAACAAACAAUGGCUUUAACAGCUAAAAUAUCUUUAAUGGGACUCUUAUUUGUACGUCUUCAUGUUUUGAGGGCUUCGAGAGAAUGGCGACACUCAGAAACACAAUCAGCCGAUUUCUUGACCAAAGAACUUUCUGAAUUAAAUCUUCCGGAUAAAUUUAAAACAAUUGCAACAAAAAUCUUGUCAAAUAAACAACCUUUACUUAAAAUUAAUAAUCCGGGGAUUGAUAAUAGCGAUUUAUUGUUAAAAUCAGUUAUUGCACACAUUAUCGCACUUCAUUCAUCAGUUGAACCGAAUACAUCUCAACUAUCGAUGUAUUUACACAAAUUACAAGAAUGCCAGAAUCUCUUUAUUUUAACGUGCAUUUCUGAUGUAGAGUCCGUAGUAUUAAAUGCAGUUGCUGCUGCUGAACAAACGAAUACAAAUAAACUUACAAGAUAUGUAUGUAAAUGCGGAUAUAAAUAUUUCGUUGCGGGUUGUGGUAAUGUUUAUGUUUCUAGUAAAUGUCCAAAAUGUGGAAAUAAAAUUGGCGGAGAUACCUACAAUAAGCCAGCAGAAGGAAACACUAGACUUGACGCUCAGCCAAUUGCCCAAAUGUCGGCAAACGAUCAAGCAGGAUAUAUUGGAGAACCAGUUAAUCAUGAUUUGUAUCAUUCCGUCAGAUCUUUACCACCUACAUCAUAUCGUAUCUUACACUUUAUUGUUCAUGUUCUUAUUGGAGCAUCUACACCUCAACCUGCUUCUACUUUCCUUCAAAAAAACAACCAAAACGCCACAGAUCCUGAAAAAUAUUGUAUGGAUCAUAUUCGAAGUGAUUGGGAAGUUCUAAAAAAUCUUCUUAAUUGUACAGAUAUGAAUUUGGCGCUAAUGUUUCACUCAUUAAUAUCUUCAAUGACUGAAAAACCUCCAAUGCCGAAUCAACAAACAAGAACAUCUGCUGAACGUGAGAGAUGGGAAACAGAAUUCCAUAAUAACUAUAUCACACCACACACCAAAAAUAUAACUGAAACAGUAGCAAAUUAUCGUAUGAAAUUAAGUGAAGCUUUAACCAAAAAUAAGAAGAAUAAUAUAAUUGAAGGCGAAAUCAAUCAGACUUUAGUUAUGGAUAAACAUUAUCGAAGUGAGAAUUUGCCAACUUUAUGGAGAACGAUUGGAAUAAUUAAUUUCGAUAGCUUCCGUGCUUACUUUAUGAGCGAUUUGACAAGAAGCAAAAAUUAUCCAUUCCUCUCAGUAUUUUUCAAAUAUUCUGGACAGUUGGAGUUACUUAAACAUCUUUUGCCAAUUAUAAAAUUUGUUCAAAUUUUAAAUUCCAAGCUUGGAUACCAAUUAACAAGACAAAAGGCAAGAGAAAUGACUUUCAGACAAUUUAUAGAAAAAGAAUCUAAUGAAGGCGAAAAUCAUGAAAUGUUCAACAGUUUGAAAACUGCUUUUGACGACUUUAAACUUGGUUGGGAUACGGUAAUACCUUCGGUUGGACGAUACCAAUGUCAUCAACUUCCAAAUGAUAAACCUAUCAUGAGUUAUAAUCUUCCAGUUGUUUUUGGAUUGAUGGAACCGAAAGAUGCGGGAAUUUUCUUAUGCGCAAUUUUAGAUUAUUUAGUUAAUUUACAAAAUAACUUCUUGAAAGAAGUUAUCGAAAUCCCACCCGGAACUUGUAAAUCUCUCAAAUUUUUAGACGAACCCCAGUUUGAUGUCGAACGAACUGGUUUGUCAACACCAAAAGCAAAAGCAAAAACGGAUACACCAAAUGGAUAUUGUCUUCAAUCAAUGCGUCUUGAUCAUGCUCGUUCAGUAAACAUUAUAAAUUUCGAUUGGGAUGACGAAAUUCUUGCAUAUAGUCAAAGAAAUUUAGCAGUUGCAAGAGGAGAUGAUAUUGUCUACGAUUUGACAAAAAUUGAAGCUGAGUUGGCAAAUAUUUUAGUUUUUGAAAAAGUUCUUAUAGAAACUCAGCCAGAAUCCCAGUUGUAUCUAGAACCUUUCCCAUAUCAUAUGGAAUUAUUCCAAGGAUGUAUGAGAAUUCUUAGUGAUAUUAAGAAUUUAAUAACCCAAGAGCCAAUCCCACCUGAAAAAAUGAGUUUGUUAGGAAUUUCUAAUACAUUUAAUUCAUUUAUGUAUCCACAUGCUUCAGAAUCAAUUAUAGAUGAUGCAUCGGAAAUUUUGUCAUCAUUGGAAAUUCUUCUCUGCUUUGUCAAACGUACAGCAGUUGGAGACGGAGAUAAAUCCAUUAAGGAAUAUAUUUCACAAUGGAUGAAAUUAUCAUCAUUGUCCGAACAUGCAGGAUUCUCUAGAAUCCUAAAUGUUGAUUUACGACUUAAACAUUUGGUGGCCUUAUACGAAUUCGUUGAGGAUCAAGUUGCCAACAUUAAAAUUAAGUAUAUUCAUGAAAAAUACAGGGCUCCUCUUUCACCAGAUAUGAAGACCGCAAUAAAUAAAUCUGUAGAUUUUGAACAACAAACUACAAAGAAAGAACAACUUAUACCAGCAGAAGCGUUCGCUUUAGCAUUAAAACGAUUCAUGUUACGAUUUUUAACUUUAGAAAAUCAAAAAGAAAUGGAGCCAUUAUAUGUUUAUUUACAAGAUAGCUCAUUAAAUUUCUGGCCACCAAAUAUACCAGAAAAUCUUAUUGAUAAUUUAUUCCCAGAAAGUUUAUUGGUGGCUAACACGUAUGAUGCUUAUGAAUUUACAAUUAACAAAAUUGAGCAAAUGGCGAGGAGACAGCCUAACGUUCCGAUCAUCAAUCCAACUAUCCAUUCUCAACGAAUGCCUAUAAUUAACAAAGCUACUCGAUCAAGAAAAAACAAAAAUUCUAAAUUUGAUGCAAUGUAG